GCUGCUGUCUUUCAUGGACACUUCUCUCUCGCUUUCUUUCUCUCUGUAGUCUGUAGGGUGGUUCAGGUGUUUUGUUUUCCUUCUGUUUCUUGGAAUAAUGGAAGAAAUCUGGGAUCCAUUAGCUCCCAAAGUCCCCAGCAUUGCUCGGGGUAUGAGGAUACUUCUGGUGGAUAGCGACACGACAUCGCUGAUGUUCAUGGCUUCGAUUCUGGAGUCUCAUUCCUACAAAGGCAAAGCCAAGAAUUACAUGAAUUUAUUUCUGCUGUUUUCUGAUUAUCUUCAUUCAUCUGCUUUUAAUCUUUUAGAACUUUUCUGAUUCUGAUAUUUUGAUACUAUUGUAUUUCUUUUAGUCAUGCAACAGUCGGAAUUUGUACAAGUCUGGUUUUUCUUCUACCUUUCCCUUACACAUGGUUGUGGUUGGAUGGUUUCUUGUGUUGCUAGUUUGAGGAGUUUGUCUUGAUUGCACUCUCAUGGUGUUGAUGAUAUGGUGAUCAGAAUUUGGGCUUUACAUGUCUGAUUUUUUUAUUUUUUUCCCACGAUCUUCUCUAUUUUGUAGAGUUUUUAUCUCUGAAAUGAAUCUGGUACAGUUAUGAUCCAGUGGUCCGCAUGUUGUUUUCCUUGAUACAGAAUUAUUUGCAAGUGAUCUCCCAAGAUCAAUGUUCUUUGAAACUAUGAUAUAUAAUCGGGUGCAAUCUCUUCUUGUUUCAGUUACAACCAUUGAACUCUCCUCUAUUGCAAUGUCCAUAUACGCGGAGCGGAAGGACGAAUUUGAUGUGGUUAUGGCAAAUGUACACCUGCAUAAUAUAACCGACCUUGAGUUUGUCCAAGAAAUACUCAAGAAGAAUAACACGCCCAUCAUCUUGAUGUCCUCUGCGGGUGUCAUGGCUCUUCGGGAUCAAGCCCCACUUGUAGGGGCAUGUCACUUCUAUGAGAAACCCGUUUCUAGCAGCCAACUCAGAGAAGUAUGGCAGCACGUGUAUAGGGAGAGGCUAUCGAAAGAAGAAGGCCGAGGAAAAAAGGUCAAUAAUGGGAAUGAAACUGAACGUGUGAAGAAGGUAGAGGUGCCCGUGACCAGGAAAUGUGUAGGCAUUCAGAUCAGAGAGGGGGGCACCGGCUCAAGUACUCCCCAUAGAAAUGAAUUCCAGGCCAGCGAUCCGAAGGAUAAGAACAAGCAAGUCGUAGGGGAAGUUGGUUCAGGCCAUCAUGGGGAUGCACAAGCUACAGAAACUGAACAAUUGAGGACAAUGGCAGCUGACCAAAACCAAAGAUGCGGGGAGAGAAAGAGAGCCAACGAUGAUGAUGAUGACAAGGGAGGAAGAAGGAAGAACAAAAGGAGAAUCAACCGUAAACAUUCGCCUUCCAAGGCUGGGAGAGAAAAGAACCAAAAUUAUAGGUCCUCUGAGAAAAAGCAAUCCAUGCGGUGGACUAGAGAGCUUCAUUUCAAGUUCAUAGCAGCCAUCAGUAAACUGGGUGAAGCUAAGGCCAACCCAAAAGCAAUACGGGACUUGAUGAAUGUUCCUAAUUUGAGCCUACGCCAGAUUGGUCACCAGCUGGAGAAAUACAAAGCUCAAGUCCAGAUCAUCAUGGACACAUGCGUCGAUACUCCACUAUGGGCUCCAUGGUCUCGGAAUGCAUCAACGGCCAAUGUUGGUGGCACAACAGGCGUUCCACAACUACAGAAGCAGCAGGGUGGUUUGGUUAGAACUGAAACUAAUCCACCAUUGCAGCUAUUUCCCCCUGUCUCCCUGCAGCCUGGUUCUCUGAACCUCAAAAUUCCCAACAAUAGAAUUAGACCAGGACAUUUGGGACCUAACGGCUCAGGUCAUGGAAGGCAUCAAGGAUCAAUCCAAAUAAGGGAGAGGGAACCUCUUCCAACUCCUUUCAUGACGAACGACAAGGGAAAAGGGAAACAGGCUCUGGGUUUCCAAGGCUAUAGUACUGCUCCAUAUGUGCCUCCAGUGCACCAUUGGCAAAAUCCAACCCGGCCUCCAACAUUUACCAGAUUAUCUGAGGAGCAACAUUUGAUGGCAGGGGCGAGUUCCUCUGCGAAUCCACCCAAUUCAAACGUUCCUGCUGGCACUAGUUCUACUCUUGCCAGUGCUUCAGCAAAUCAAAAUAUCCCUGGUGGACCACUUGCAGGUCAUGGUGGAUUCGAUGAGAGCGAUGAUCUGGCUUGGUUGACUGAAUGGCUCAGUAGAUCUCUGAAGGAAGAUGAUACAGGUCCUCCAACUUUUGAUUGGUCGGACAUGUAAGGUUUAUGAAGAAUGCAGCACUGACCUGUGUUGAAGAAACCUCCUCCACAGCAUUGCCAGAUUCAGCUGCUGCCGCUCUCCCUCAUGACGCCCUCAAUGAUAAUCAACAGUAACACCGAAUUAAUUCUAUUUUUGUCUUGAGAUAUUUCCUAUAACUUAUAUCCUGUCGCAUGAUGAUUUCUUUCACCAAUUUUCAUCUCUCCCCGUUGCUAUUUUC